UACUGAUAAAGUUAGGUUAGAAAACUAUCGACAUAUAAAGUAAAGAAUAUCUAUUUUUUAAGGUGUUAAUAGGUGUUAAAUAAAGUGACAUUGGAAAUAUUUCCAUACAAUUUCACUUCAUACAAAUAAACCACCAGCGGAAAUUUAUAUAUACAAAGUAGUGCAAAUAAUUUAUUAAAAUGGAAAAUGAAGAAAAACCCGUUAAAAAACCCAUGACACAUGAAGAGCGUCUUGAACUAGCAGAUAAACUAGACAGGGAGUUGGACGAAUUCAUAGAAAAGCUUCCGAGAAGGAAAUAUGAUGAAGGGUGGCCCGAAGAUCGAUGGGAAGAAGAAAUGGAAAAGCACCCUUUUUUCAUGACCCAAGCGCCCAAACCUGGCCAGGAACUGCAUCCCUUGUACGAGGGUCUACAACAAUUAAAAUACGACCCAGACGAAAAUGAACCCGAAGAACUGGCGACAAGUUAUAAGGAAGACGGUAAUUUCAAUUUCAAGCAUAAAAACUACCGAUUGGCUGUCGUGGCGUACACGGAAGCUAUCAAGGUUAAAUGCGGGAAGCCAGAAAUCGAAGCGACGCUAUUCAAUAACAGGGCAGCUUCACAUUACUUCCUUAAAAAUUAUAGGUCUUCUUUAAUGGACUGCGAAUCGGCUUUAAAAAUUAAUCCAGAUUAUGACAAAGCUUUAAGUCGAGCAGCAAAUUGUUGCUUCCACUUGAAACAGUAUAUAAAAGCAGUAGACUACUGCGAUAAAAUACUAGAGAAACAAAAAGAUAAUAAAGAAAUAUUAGAAUUGAGGCAGAACAGCAUAAAUGCCGCUAAAUUGAAGGAAAGGGACGAUAGAAAGAAUGAAGCCGCAGCCAAAAGGAAAGCUAAGGAGGAGGAGGACAUAAUAAAAGAGAUAAUUAACAGAGGGUAUAACAUCGAAGGGAGAACCAAAGCGCACAUAUCUAUAGAAAAGUUGGAACCUUGCUUCCCCGAACUGAUGCAUAACAGAGUAUUUUUAGACCCCUCUUCCACUCUCGUAUGGCCUGUUGUAUUUGUAUAUCCAGAAUACAAAAUCAUGGACUACAUACAGCAAUUUAGCGAAAAGCAAACGUUUUCGGAACACCUUGCUUUGGUGUUUGAGAGUUUUCCUGAUUGGGACGAAGACAAGAAAUACAUUCCAGGAAACAUAAAUAUUUAUUUCGAAACUCCGAGGAAGAAAAUUAUCAGUAUAGACGUGAAUAAAACGUUAAGCGAUGCCCUCAAAACCAGAGAUUACAUCAUCAGAGGGGGAACGCCGUCUUUUAUAGUGAUGGUGAGGGAGAGCCCUGCAGAAAAACGUUUUUUGCAAGAAUAUUCCAUAUAAAUUUUCCCUGUAUCAUAUUGAAUUUUACAAUAAAAUAUUGAUUUUACAAUA